AUGGCACCAACGGUCUCUUCGAAAACCCCAAACAACUCCAUCGCCUACAUCAAUGGUCAGAUCUAUACUAUCAACCCCUAUAACCCGUGGGCAUACGCCUUCAUUGUGUCUCCAGAUGGUAUAUUCACGACCAUUGGCACGAACAAAGAGAUUCUUUCAAUCGCAAAAUCCUUAUCUCUCAUAAUCGUCGACCUCAAGAACCAAUUCGUCAUGCCAGGAAUCCACGACGCCCACAUGCACGUGCUAUAUUCCGGUCUCGCCCUCACCAGCGACACAAACAUCGGAUUCGACUCCACCUCUGAUAACAUCGCGCAAAAGAUCAAGGAAGGGUCUUGCGCAUGCCACUACACGCACGCAUACGAAGACUGGAUCCUUGCUAACAUGUUCAACAACGAAGGAUUCCCCGACAUGGUCGCCGAUCGAAAGUAUCUGGAUGACAUGUUUCCAGACACCCCCGUCGUCGUCCGCGGCGGCGCAGGUCACAGUCUCCUCCUCAACACGGAGGCUCUGAAACGAGCAGGCUACGACGUCGCCAAUGAGCCCGAUAUUCAAGCCUCGCGAUUCGUCCGUCGACAAGACGGUAGCCUCACGGGCGAACUCUCUGAAACUGCGAUGAACAAGGCCAUGCUCGCAUUCCCGGAUCCGCCACUCGCGCAUGUGAAGCGUGCUCUCAAACAUGCGAUUCGAAUUGCACAUCAAGUGGGCGUUACGAGUUGUCAGGAAGCAUCAGCGAAUUCUCUGAUGUUGCAUGCGUUGCGUGAGCUAGAUUACGAGGAAGACUUGAAGAUAGAUUUUUGCACGCACAUCAUGUAUGCGCCGGAGUAUCCGGUUGGCGAGAAGCAGGAUUCGCUGAUCAAGUUACUCGACAAGGCAACAGAGUUUAAGAGUAGACAUGUUGAUACAAGGUUUGUUAAGAUAAUUUUGGAUGGUAUACCUUUGCCUCCACUUUUCACGCACUGUGGGUUGGAUGGGCAUGGGAAGCCUGAUCAGACGAAAGUCGUAGUUGAGGGUGUUGCAGAUGCAAUUGCGAAAUAUGACCAGCGUGGGAUGACGGUGAAGAUCCAUUGCGCUGGUCAGGGGAGUACGCGGAUGGCGCUUGAUGCGAUUGAAAGUGUGAGGAAGCAGAAUCCCAAUGGUCCAAGACAUGAGAUUGCGCACAAUAGCGGGGUGCAUGAUGAUGAAUAUCCACGCUAUAAACCCCUGAAUGUUACCGCCGAAAUGUCUCCAGCUAUGUUCUUCACCCACCCUGUAACUGCAUCUAGCGGAGGCCUCAUGGACUGGAACUUCACUAAGAUGCUUGAUGCCGGUGCUCACCUUACUAUUGGCUCGGACUGGGGUGCUGCCCCCGACCCGUCACUGUUUGGUGCAUUGGCUGGUAUAGUGGAGACCGUAGGUGGGGGUUCAAAGGACAAAGGUGCCGAAAUAUUGUGUCGGAUGUUGACGAUUAAUGGAGCGGAGGCUGUUGGGAAGGAUAAGGAGGUCGGAAGUAUUGAGGUAGGGAAGAAAGCGAAUUUUAUUGUCGUGGAUCGGAAUUUGAGCAAGGGGGAGUUUGGCGGCGCUGGAGUGGUGAGGACGUACUUUGAAGGGGAGUUGGUCUGGGAGAGGGGGGUUGAGUCUGGUCAGUUGUUGAAGAAUUUAUGA